AGAUCGUGGGUUGCUUCAGCCUGUAUAUAUUUUCAUGUAUAACCUGCCCUCAAAGCAGAAUAUAUUCUACAGUACUUAAUCAACGCGCUUUGUUCGCCGAAGACGAACCUGCCAUGGCAUCCCGAGCAAGGUCGCCGAAGUUCGUGCCGGAGCCUGCCAUGCAGUCUGCCGGCGGAUCCUCUUCCAGCCAGGGACUGGCAGCGCUCUCCGCCGGCCUCGCGCGACGCCUCGCGGACGAGCACGCAAAUAGCAACCUGGUCUUCUCGCCACUGUCCAUCUACACCGCUCUCGCUCUCGUGGCGGCCGGCGCCCGCGGCGACACCCUGGACGAGAUCCUCCGCGUCCUUGGCGCGCAGACCCGGCAAGAGCUCGACAAAUUCGUCGCCCGCGCGGCGGGCGAAGCGCUGCGAGACAGGUCCGGCUCCGGCGGUCCGCUCGUCGCGUUCGCGUGCGGCGUGUGGAGCGACCUGUCGUGCCCGCUCAAGCGCGGCUUCCGCGAGGCCGUGGUCGACGGCGCGUACAAGGCGGAGGCGUCCACCGUCGACUUCCGCGGCGACGCCAACGGAGCAGUCCGGCUGAUCAACGCGUGGGCGGAGCGCAUCACGAACGGCCUGAUCGACUCCGUGCUAGGCCCGGGUUCGGUGACGCCGCUCACCCGCCUCAUACUCGGCAACGCCGUGUACUUCAAGGGCAAGUGGGUCGAGCCCUUCGACAAGAAGAAGACACAGAACGCUCUGUUCCGCCGUCAGGGCGGCGCCGGCGCCGUCGACGUGCCCUUCAUGCGCAGCCGGGAGUCUCAGUACAUCGCCAUACACGACCGAUUCAAGGUGCUCAAGCUCCGGUACAAGAUGGCGGACGACGUGCCCUUGAGUUCGAGUGAAAAAACGAAAAUUUCCCAAAUGCUAAAGGAAAGAUUGCUACUACAAAUAAAAUUGCAAUCCCGCUCAUUUCAGACCAUCCAGCCGAGCCCUUUACUCCACCGCGCCGCCGCACCUUUCAGACGAGCAUCCACCUACUCAUACAACUACAAUCCUCCCAACUAUGACGGCUUGCACAGCCUCGCCGGUCCUCCAUCGACGCAGCCCUCCAACGGCAACACUAGCAGCUUCCGCACACGGUUCUCCAUGUGCAUCUUCCUCCCGGACGCCGACGACGGCCUACCAAGCCUUCUCGACGCAAUAGCAUCUCGCCCAGGUUUCCUGCACGACCACCUGCCUCGCGACGAGGUCGUAGUCGGCAACUUCCAGGUGCCUAGGUUCAAGCUAUCCUUCCACACCAGCGUCGCUGCCGUCCUCGGCAAGCUGGGCCUCCGCCUGCCGUUCCACGAAACGGCCGACCUCUCUGGCAUGACGGAGGACGACGGCUCCGGCCUCCCCACAGUCCUCAGCGACGUCCUCCACAAGGCAGUCAUCGAGGUUAACGAGGAAGGCACCGACGCAGCAGCCGUCACCCAAGUUUUCUAUAACGUUGAGUGCGCAGAGAUGUCACGGACGCCGCCCCCUCCGGUUGAUUUCGUCGCUGACCAUCCGUUCGCCUACUUCAUUCUGGAGGAGGAGACGGGCGCCGUCGUCUUUGCCGGCCACGUCCUCGACCCCUCCAGAGAGUAGCUAGCAUCACAGGAUGUUGAAAUGUCACGGCACCCAUGUCGUAUUUUCUAUUUUCUACGGUUGGAGUAUUUUAUUCCGAUACAAGAUGCACAUGCUGCAUA